AGAUGCAGGUUGACCUCUUGUGUUUGCACCCCCGUCACCAUGAUUACGCUGACUAGCCAAAUCCAGGAAUUGGAGGAAGAAGGUUCUGGUAGGUGAUAUCUGCAGAGUAUGUCAUCUUAUUGAACAUUUUGUGACAAAAGAGAGACGAGCUGAAGCAUCUGUAGCAGUCUCUGUGGGUAGAGUUGUGGUGGUUACUGAAGUGGGACACCUCAUGUUAAAAACGUCUGUACUUGCUGAAAUGUCACAAAUCUAGGUCGAUGACACAUUUACAGUUUGGAAUUAUGUCAGUGCUCAGUGUCAUCUGGCUCACAGGCUGUUUAGUCAGCUUAGCUUCACAGUAACUGAAUCAGAUAAUGAUCACAUUACUCACUCUCAAUGAAGAGGAACAUGUCAUUUUCUUCUUAAAUCAGAUAUUUUAAAAUAUCCUGUUAUCUGAAGACACAUUGUGAAAUAAGGAUGUUACCACAUCUUUUACUGAGGUAAGGUCAACUCUCUUGGUCUCAAAAGACAGCUGACAGGAGGCUCAGACCAGAGUGCCGUUGAUCAUCUGUAAUCAGACAUCCAGAAGAACCAAGCAUACAGAAAUGUUCAACUCUAGUCAACAUGCAGAAGUGUUCAACUCUAGUCAACAUGCAGAAGUUGUGGUCAGUGAAGGCUGAUCCCGACCUACCUGUUGAAGAGGCAGAAAGGUUGUCUUCGGCAGGUAAAACACUUCCCGCCCGUCAGACAGGGGAGAUGAGUUCUCAGAGAGCACCCUGGACCGUCACCUGGCUCCUGCACUUCUCUGGCUGCUGUUCUCUCCUGGUGUCUUCUGAGAUGUUGCCCCUGGUUACUUGUCCGGGCACGUUAACGGUUGACACGGGUGCCAAGUUCCUCGCAGGCUCCAACCUCAAAGUCUCCUGCCACUACGCGGACGCCAGCUGCCUCCACGAUAAGUUCGUCCUGGAGCUGGAUGGUGUGGCCCAACAUGAGGGGUGGAGGGAGAAUUGCAGCAGCGCGCGGUUCCAUCUGACUGGGGUCCACGGUUCCUCCCUGAUCUGUAGGCUGCAGAAGAGAAAGCAUAUGUUUCAGACCAUCUGCGGCAUAGACCUGUACCCUCAAUACCCAGACGCCCCAGGCAUCGUCAACGUCCUGUUUGCCAACGACUCCACAUCAGCAGAGGUGCUCUGGGCGUCCGCCCGCCCCUCUUUGCAACAGGCCGCACACCUCAGAUUCAGGAAACGCAAUGGCUCCUGGGUGGAGAAACAGGCGACUGAUCUCGGUAAACACAGCUUCAUGAUUCGGGGUUUGGAGCAACAAACCGAGUAUGAAAUGCAGGUGAAAGUGUGUAGCUCCAUACCUGUGACCACCUCCACCUCCGCCUCCAGGCCUGUGUGCAGCAGCUGGAGCUCAUCGUUCAGCCAGACGAGCCCUGGAACAGGGCCCAGCCAGGAACCAGACGUGUGGAGAGUGAUGCUGCCCCUGGAGAAGGACGGAGCUCGGACCGUGAUCGUGAUGUGGAAGCACCCAGGACAGCCAGGCAGCCAGGUGUGGCAUGAGCUGGCGUACCUGGAGCACGGUGACACACAGAGGGUUCACUGUGCUGCCGAUACCACCCAGCACUCUCUCCUCCUCUCACCUGAGGUGAGGGCUCUGGAAGUCACCGCCCUCACCUCCUACGGCAGGUCCCCAACUGCCACCCUCUACCUGAACUACACAGUUCUGCCUGCUCAGGUGCUGACACACCUGGCUGGUGCAAACGGCUCUGUGGUCCUGUCCUGGACCGAGGCUGGGGCUGGGGACAAGGCUGGGGCCGGGGACGAGGCUGGGGCUGUUCUGCUGGGCUAUGUGGUGGAGUGGAGGUCUGGGUCUGGAGUCCUGGGCUGGCAGAGAGUUUCCAGGGAGCAGAGGAGCACCUCCAUCACAGGCCUGGACGCGGGGGUGAGGUACCAGGUUUCCCUCCACGCUGACACCAGCAGGGGGGGUUGUGAGCUGGCCUCCAGCCUAGUCUACUCCAGACAGCAGAAGCCCCUGGCAGGGCCGAGGGCCAGGGUGGUGUCUCACCAGGCAGGGGAGGUGGUGAUGACCUGGGAAGAGCUGGCUCUGGAGGAGCAGAGAGGCUUCAUCACACACUACUCCAUCUACGUCCGCGCCCAGGGAGCCCCGCAGCGCAAAGACACCGUACUGGCCGGGGAACCCAGGCGACACCGGCUCGUCUGUCCGAAGGGUUAUGUCUCCUUAUCCGUCUCCGCCUCCACCUCUGUUGGGGAGGGGCCCCUGGGGGCCUGGAUGCCCUGCCCGCCCCCCCCUCCUGCAGUGAUUUGGGUCGUGGGCGUGGCCACCGUUGUCAUGGUGCUCCUGGUCAAUCUUCUGUUCUGCAGAUACAUCAGGAUGAGGGUGAAACACACAUGCAUGACCUUCGGACCAGCCUGUCUGGUGGAAUCCCCCCCCCAGCCGGACAACAGUAAUGCCAUCAAGCUGCUCCUGGAGGUGCAGCAGGAGGUGCAGCAGACGUGUUGGUCCAGACACAGUGACCCUGUGCUGUCCCUCAUCGAGGAGGUGUCCCAGGAGGAGAGGGGGGAGGUCUACCCCGACAUCCACAUGGAGCACCCCAUCACCCGGCCCAGCCAGGCCCCCGGAGAGGGGACGGAGAUCCGGGGAGGACCCUCCGAGGGUCUGUCUCCUCAGACAGGCUACAAACCCCAGACCUCCGCCCCAGUUCCCCCCCCGCAGGAGCCCAAGGGAGAGGAGGAAGAGGCGAGGGAGGAGAGGCAGGAGGAGGAUGGGAUGAGUGCACCGUGUUGGAAGGGUUCUGUCAGAGACUUUGAGCUGCCUGGAGGACUGCUGGGGACGUGGCUCUGUGACCUGGGGCUCUCUGCCUCUCCCAUUCAGGCUCAGACCUCCGUGGGGUGUCUUCUCUCCCCCGUCUCUCCCCAGAUGACCAGCCUCUUCCCUGGGGAGGCGUGGCUGCGAGGCGGGGGGUACCAGCCGGGAGCACAGCAGGGGUCUGGAGGUCAGGGUGGAGGUCAGGGUGGGCUGGUGUCUCUAGAAGAGAACGGGAGCCACUGGUCCCAGUGGCAGGUAGAAGCCUGUAGCUACUUCCCCCAAACAGACGGUCUGAUCAACACUUCCUGACCAGCGUAACCGAUGGCGAUGGGUGUAGCUCCGUGGCAAUCUGUCUAGAAGAAACACUGUGUGUUUUCAACUUCACGUCAAGAGUUCAAAUCCAAACCACUGAAUGUAUUUGUGGGUUUUACUCAAAGGAAGAACAGGCAUGAAUGAAAAAGUGGGUCAGCGAGAGUGAUAUUGUCGUGCCCCAUCUGGGCUGUGCUGAGCGUGCAUGUAUGGUAAACAGGAAGCGUCUCAGUAGUGAACCAAGAUGGAGGCUCCUCUGUUCUGCUGGGAGCUGAGACAGGCCUGCUGUGACAAGUGUUUGUUGACACUGAGAGAAGCUUCUCACUUCCUCCUUAACACGUUAGGGGGUCUGACGUCUUGGUUCAGACGUCUGAUGAUUUGGACAGGAGCACGAAAGACUGCUGUGGACUGUGUUUUAAACACCGUUUAGAAGGCUUUAGGUGUCAUUCUAAACUGUUAGAAGGACUUGAUGAUUCAAAUUCAUAACCAGCAAGGUGGCAGGGCCGAGGGAAAGCACCCGCUGCUUCCUCCUUACGCGGGACGUGUGUGUGUGUGAGGGGGGGUUGUGUCUGUGUGUGAGUGGUAAACUGUAAAGGGUGUAUUAACAAAAUAACGUGUAACAACAGUGUAACAAUAUAACAGCCUGAGCCAACUCAAUCGCUACCAAGACAAAACUUUUGACACCGGCG